AAUUCCACCCGGAACAACUGGAACAAAGGAAGAGAGACAGGACUGAGAACGUGUCCCUUGCAGGAGCUCCUGAAAUUGAAGCUGAGGUGGUUCAGCUUGAUUGUUUGCCAGCAGAAAGGCAAGAAGGUGUGUCGACUGGAGGAAGCAUUGCCAAGAUGAUUUCUGCGAGGUGCGGUAAGCAUGGCCACUCCCUCACUGAUGAUUUUGAGGAAGCCAAUGGGAACCGAGCUGAUCCUGGACCUGAACAAGAACCUGAGGACCUGGACUGGGAUAGUUAUAGCACCACGCUGGAGGAGAGAUUAGCAUCUGAGCAGGAGAGCACCCUGGCGUCGGAGCAGCGCUGUGCCCAGCUGGAGCAGGCCCGGCGCGAGCUGGAGCGGCAGCUCUCGGGCCUGUCGGAGCGCCUGGAGGAGGAGGAGGCCUGCUCGGCUCAUAUGGUGCUCCAGAGGGACAGGCUGGAGGCGGAAUGCAGCAGCCUCAGACGCGACGUGGACGAACUGGAGAACGCGUUGUCUGCAGCUGAACAGGACAAACAGUUGUCAGACAGUGAGCUGAGGAGGCUUUCAGAGGAGGUUUUACAGAAGGACCAAACCCUGCAGAAGCUCCAGAAAGAGAAGGACCAUCUGGUGGAGCUCAGCCAGCAGGCCAUUGAGGAUUUGCAGCGUGAAGAUGAGAAAGUCAACCUGCUGACCAAAGAGAAAGUGAAGUUACAGAUGCAUGCUGAAGAUCUUGAGUGUCAGCUUGAGCAGGAACGCCAUCAGCGGAGUGAGCUGGAGAAGAGCAGAAGGAAGCUGGAGGGUGACGGCAGAUCCACACAGGAGGGUCUGGGGUCGAUGGACAAGAUGAGGAGCGGUCUGGAAGACCUGAUUAAAAGGAAGGACAUGGAGAUCAGCAAUACCACCUCCAAGUUAGAAGCAGAAGAGGCCAUCAGCACUGGACUGCAAAGGAAGAACAAAGAGCUGCAGGCCCGGAUUGAAGAGCUGGAGGAGGAACUGGAAGCAGAGCGGGCUAUGAGAGUCAAGGUCGAGAAGCAGAGAGCAGAUUUGACCAGAGAGCUGGAUGACCUCACUGACCGGCUGGAGGAGGCUGGAGGAGUCACCGCCUCACAGAUGGAGGUAAACAAGAAGCGUGAGAGUGAGCUGCAGCGUUUGAGACGGGACCUGGAGGAGUCCUCAGUCCAGUCAGAAGCGCUGGCAAUGUCGCUGAGAAAACGUCACAGCGAUGCUGUGGCAGAGCUGAGCGAGCAGUGCAAUGCUCUGCAGCGGACCAGAACCAAACUGGAGAAGGACAAGCAGAACCUGCGGAUGGAGGUGGACGAGCUGGCGGCGUCGCUGGAGAGUCUGCAGAAAGCAAAGACGUCUGCAGACUGCCAGAUGAACAAGCUGGAGGAGCAGCUCUCCGAGGCCAACAGGAGAGGAGAUGACCUGCAGAGGGCGCUCACUGAGCUCAGCGUGGCCAAGAACAGACUCACAGCUGAUAACGCAGACUUGAGUCGACAGAUGGAGGAGGCAGAGAGUAGAACCAGUCAGCUAAGUCGCACUAAGACUGCGCUCCAGUCACAGGUAGAAGACCUGAAGAAACAGCUCGAUGAGGAGAUCAAGUGUAAGCAGGUGGUCAGCGGCAGUCUGAGCUCAGUGCGGCAGGAGUGCGAGGUAUUGAAGGAGCAGCUGGAGGAGGAGCAGGAGAGCAAGCAGGAGCUCCAGCGCCUUAUCUCCAAACUGAACAGUGAGGUGACGCACUGGAGGAGCAAACACGAGGCCGACACCAUCCAGCACACCGACGAGAUGGAGGACACAAAGAAGAAACUUGCGUCUCGCCUCCAGGAGGCGGAGGAAGCCGUUGAAGCCACCCAGGCUAAAUGUUCUUCACUGGAGAAAACCAAGCAGAGGCUGCAGGGAGAAGUGGAGGAGCUGUGCAUGGACCUGGAGAAGGCCAGCAGCUGUGGCCAGGUUCUGGAUAAGAAGCAGAGAGUUCUGGAGAAGCAGCUGAUGGACUGGAAGCAGAAGUGUGAGGAGCUGGUGGCCGAGGUGGAGAGCUGCCAGAAGGAGAGCAAGCAACACGCUACUGAGCUCUUUAAACUGAAGACCGUCCACGAAGAGUCAGUGGAGCAGCUGGAGGCCCUGCGCAGGGAGAACAAGGCCUACCAGGAUGAGAUCGCUGACCUCACGGAUCAGCUCUCAGAUGGCGGUAAGAGUGUCCACGAACUCCAGAAAGCAAAGAAGAAGAUUGAGAUGGACAAAGAAGAGUUGCAGGCCUCGCUGGAGGAGUCUGAAGCAGCCUUGGAGGCGGAGGAGACCAAAGUGCUCAGGCUGCAGCUGGAACUGUCUCAGGCCAAAGGAGACCUGGAGCGCAAACUUCAGGAGAAGGAGGACGAGAGCGAAGCUGCCAGAAAGAGCCACCAGAGGGCGCUGGAGUCCCUGCAGGCCAGUCUGGAUGUGGAGGUGAAAGGCAGGACCGAGGGUCUGAAGCUGAGAAAGAAGCUGGAGGCCGACAUCACUGAGCUGGAGCUUCAGGUUGACCUGCUGACCAAGAACAACACAGAGCUCAGCAAGAACUGCAAGAAGAUGCAGCAGCAGAUGAAGGAGCUGCAGGUUCAGCUGGAGGAGGAGGUGCGAGGCCACGAAGUACGCAGGGAGGAGCUCGCCGCUCUGGAGCGACGCUGCACUCUACUGGUCAGCGAGGGAGAGGAGACACGCACCGCCCUGGAGAACGCCGAGAGGGCUCGCAAAUCCCUGGAGGUGGAGCUACAGGAGGCCAACGAGAAAUCCGGUGACCUCAACAACCAGGUCCAGUCGGCUGCGAGCGGGAGGAGGAAACUGGAGGUGGACCUCCAAACUUUGCAACAGGAACACGAGGAGCUCCAGGGCGAACUGAGAGGAUCAGCCGACAAACUGAAGAAAGCGAGCUGUGAGCUGGCUCGUGUUGGCGAGGAGCUGCGUCUGGAGCAGGAGCACACGCUGCACCUGGAGCGGGCCAAGAAAGGUCUGGAAGGUCAACUCAAAGAGAUGAGCUCCAGGCUGGCUGAGGCCGAGCAGACGGCUCUGAAAGGAGGCAAGAAGAUCAUCCAGAAGCUGGAGGGGAAGGUGAAGGAACUGGAACUGGAGCUGGACUCAGAACAGAAACGGCACGCAGAGACGGUGAAGACGCUGCGGAAGAACGAGCGGCGGCUGAAGGAGCUGCUGUUCCAGUCGGAGGAGGACCAGAAGAACCAGCAGCGGAUGCAGGAGCUGGUGGAGAGGCUGCAGAACAAGAUGAAGGCCUACAAGAGACAAGUGGAGGAGGCUGAAGAGCAGGCAAACAUGAACCUAGCAAAGUACAGGAAGACCAUCCACGAGCUGGACGACGCUGAGGAGCGAGCUGACAUCGCCGAGUCCGCUCUCACCAAGAUCAGGACCAAAAACCGAGGCAGCUUCGGGAAAGGAUACUCAUCUGGUUACAGCACCCCAUACCCGGGCCUGGUCCGCUCGCCCAGCUCUGUGGGCUCAGAGGGCAGAGGGGAGAAGAUCCUCAAUGACGACAAUGAGUCCGUCAGCUCCCUCAUCCCGGCGUACCUCAACUCCCUCAAGAAGCUCAUGAUCGAGUAACCGGAAAGCUCGCCACGAGUCUCCAAUGUUUCAGGUGCUACGUCGCUGUGAGGUCUUAUCUAGAGAUGAUAUGAAGUUUGAAGAAAAAAAAAAAGAUCAGCGACUGAUACUGUCAUUUCAAACACGAGCCCCACGGACGCUGUACAUUUCCACCAAGUUUACGAAAAAUCUACACAAAUCUGUGCCAUAGCGUUUGGAUCAGACUCCAGCGUGAACGCAGAUCUGCGUCUCGUUACCAUUUCACAUCAUCAACAACAACCCGCGUCUGGAAAUUUGUAUAUUUAAGUUGACUGGAUUGUCAACUUCGAUAAACGGACUGACAUUAAACCAACGAAACAAGACACAGAUGUGCAAACAGUCUGCGAGAUUGAUGAUUUCAUCUAUAAAAUGUCAAAAGAAGUGUGACGAAAAAAAAACCCCAUAAAGGUUUAGAGAAAAAUGAUCAGCACUCCAAAAUAGAGAGAAAUCCAUUAUCCUGCUUCAGCCAGUUUACUAUAGCGCCCCCUGGUGACACUGGCGAGAGAUCACACCAUUUCUCUUCAGUGCCUUCAAUUACACUGUAAACAACACGACUUUAAAGCAGGAAAGUCAGUUUUCAUUAUUACAGCCUUUUUAAUAAUUAGUAAAUAAUUAUGCUAAAAUCAUAUCAGUGUCCUUUUCAGAUCUAUGUAAUCAGCUUUUGAACGUUUUAUUUGAGCGUGAUGAUUUUCAAGUUUUUAAUUAUCUGCUAAAAAAAAAAAAUCAUAAAUAGGAUUUUUAAAAAUCUGCAUUGCAAAAAAUUAAUAUUGUGUAUGAUUUUAGCAGGUAAUCCUGCAGUAAAACUACUUGAAAAUCAUCACCGGGUAGUUGGGGAGGUGUUAUACAGGAAAGGGGCGGAGUUUACUGAUAACUACAUUCGAUAGUUUUAUGACCUUUUAAAAGUCUGCCUCUGUAGAACUGAAAGGGAAAUUAUAAUUUUACAGUGUAAUUAUUUUUAAAAAAGGAAUGUCAAAGUUCAACUAAAUAUUAACACUAUGUGGCUGUGGAAUAAUUAGGAGGUGCUGUAGUUUACUGUUUAAAACCACUUUAAAGUCAACUGGUAAGAAUUAAAAAAUCAUUUUCAAAGGGCUUUGAGGAACUUUACACUAAUUUUGUCAGAAAUAAAACAGGAAAAAAGAUUUGAGAAGCUGGAAGAAGUUAGAAUCCACCUUUUUAAUUGAUAAAUGACUUCAGCGAUAAAAGAAUUCACAAAAUCAAUCAGUGAUCUGGUCAGUCAGCUCAUUCUGUCAGCUCUGAUUUAUUGUGCAGAUUACAUACGUCGAUAAAAGGAAUCAUUUUUAAUCCACAACUGAUGAGACUGAGUCACAUGACGGGAACAGAAAAUAUCUUAACAAAAAGUAAAUAUUCUGAAAAUGUAUUAAUACAAUUUUCAAAAGAUGUUCUGAAAUGAUUUUUUUUUUCUUUUUGCAGACUGAAGGUGCACAGAGAUUUUUAAAAAAAAUCCACAUUAUUGUCUUUGUGCAGUUAAAACAGUUUGAUUCUGGAAAACUGUGUCCAAUAUUAAAUUCACAGUUAUUUUGGUCAUAAAGAUUAAAUGAAAAUUCUCCAUUUUCUACUUUUAACUUUUAACUGAAUCUUUAUUUUCACUGCCUGAAAUUGUAACGUGACCAAAACAUUUGAUAUUUGAAUGUGAAAGUAUUUGUUUUUGCCGGGAAAUAAAGACCUUUUUCAUUUA